AUGCAUCCACAUCUCCUUCAAACCAUCUCUUUACCUCUCACAGUAAUUACCAUCAUCAUUAUUGCGAUUCCAAUUUCUCUAUGUGAACCUGAUGAGCGAUAUCUAGGCUGCAGCAAAUCAUUUGAGUGUGGAAACAUUCAGAAUAUAACCUAUCCUUUCUGGGGAGUGAAUCGUCCUCAGUACUGUGGCUAUCCAGGAUUUCAUCUUGAUUGCAGUGGUGACGCCCCAGGAUACAAUACCGAUACUAGUAAAUUCACUUGCUAUUGUCAAGACCAGCCUUAUGCAACUACUUGCAAGAAAGGUGAAUAUCAUCUUGAUCUUAUAGUUGGCCAUGGUGCAGUACCAGUUAUCGUGCCCCGUGUUAGUGGGGUGCACAUGUUGUUAGAUAGUUUUGAGCCUAUCCAUGGUGUUCUUCUUUGUGAAGGAGAAGAUAUUGAUCCAUCAUUAUAUGAAGCUGAGACGUCUAAUCUUUCACUAGAAGAGUUAGAAGAAAUCAGGAGGAUUCAUGCAAGCGAUACAGCUAUUGAUAGAGAGAAGGAUUCGAUUGAGUUGAGGCUUGCAAAACUUUGCCUUGAAAGAAACAUACCUUAUCUGGGAAUUUGCAGAGGAUCUCAAGUUCUAAAUGUUGCUUCUGGGGGUACCCUUUAUCAGGACAUUGAAAAGGAGGUUUCAAAGAAGAUUAGGGAGUCUCAAAGAGUGAAACACAUGGAUUAUGAUAAUUAUGAUGGGCAUAGACAUGUGGUUAAGGUGGUAGAGAACACACAUUUGCAUGAUUGGUUUAGGGAUUCUCUGGAAGAAGAUAAAAUGGAGAUUUUGGUUAAUAGUUAUCACCACCAGGGGGUGAAUAGAUUAGCACAAAGAUUUGUGCCUAUGGCGUUCGCACCAGAUGGAUUGAUUGAGGGGUUUUAUGAUCCUGAUGCUUGUAAUCCUGAAGAGGGUAAGUUCAUAAUGGGACUUCAAUUCCAUCCAGAGCGAAUGAGGCAGGAUGACACCGACAAGUUUGAUUAUCCAGGAUGCCCAAGGGCCUAUCAGGAAUUUGUCAAGGCUGUGAUUGCCUAUCAGAAGAAGCUCAACAGCAGUACUACAUCUGUGCCAAGGCCUCUCAAGCUAGAUCAAGAAAUGGAGAAGAAAAGGAAGCAUAUAAUUAGAAGUUUCUUUCUUGCAAGAAACAUAUACACUGCUGGCCAACGAAUGAAUCCAUCAAAGGAAUCAGAACUACAAGCUGGAGCAGAAUUCCUAGAGUCCAACACAGCUUUGAGCUUGCAACAAGAGAACAGACUCAAGCAGAUGGGUGCAACAGUGAGGAAUGCAGGUUCCUACAUUGAAAGACUGAGGACGAAUGAGGAGAGGGAAGAUUUGGCAAAAAAUGUGAUGGGAAAUAUGUCUGCAGAGCAGUUGUCUGACUUGUUGUCUUUCUACCAUAUGAUGGGACAGAUUUGCUCAGAAGUUUUAGAUAGAAAGCUGAAUGGCAUUGUCCAUGGCAUCGGUUCUUGAUAGAUGGUUUUUCUUGCUUUCUCGUUGAUGUAUCAUGUUAACAAAAUAAUAAUUUGAAGUCACAGGAAACUUGGGUAAGCAGUUCCUGUUUUUCCCGUAUUUGACUUUUGUUGUUUCUUUCACAUGUGAUUAAAAAGCGUAACAUCAAUAUCUGU